CCGACAGGUGCUUCGCCAUCAUUAGACGAUAGGUCGCGAUUCAGUUUGGAUCUUGUUAUUCGGGACAUUACUCAUCGAUGUUGUGCGAAAACUAGCUAGAUAAACAUGUGCGUAGAAUACAUUAUAGCGGUGCUAAUCACUUCCGUUGUGAUUUCCUGUUUUGGACAGCAUUCGACGCCGAUUGUUAACAUUCAAGGACUUGGCAGCGUACAAGGUUCCGUCGGUUAUACGGCUUGGACAAAUAGGACAAUUUAUGAAUUUCAAGGGAUUCCGUAUGGUGAAGCUCCCGUUGGCACGUUAAGGUUCAAGCCAACGGUUAAGGCUGCAGCAUGGGGCGGUAUUCGGGAUGCUUCAAAACCGGGCAUUCGGUGUCCGCAGAUGGACAAACAUUACGUCAACUUGGAUAACGAGGAUUGCCUUACCUUAUCGGUGUAUUCGAAUGAUUUGAACUCGGAUCGUCCGGUGAUGGUGUUCAUGCACGGUGGAUGGCUAUUCUGGGGUGGUGCCGAGCAAUACAAACCGAAUUUCCUUCUGGAGUCAAACAUUGUAUUGGUGGUUAUUCAGUAUCGUCUAGGACCAUUAGGGUUUUUGAGCACUAUGUCUGAAGACAUUCCCGGAAACGUAGGAAUGCUGGAUGUGAUAACUGCCUUGGAGUGGGUUCAGCAAAAUAUAAGAUAUUUUGGUGGAAGCAGUUCUCAAGUGACGAUAUUUGGUGAAUCGGCUGGUGCUGUCGCUGUUUCUGCAAUGCUUCACAGCCCGCUAGUGCAAUCCCGAUCUACGCCUCUAUUCAACAAGGCUAUUCUUCAGUCGGGAUCAGUGUUUGUUCCAUGGGCUAUAAGUGACGACCCAAUUGAGGGGACCAAUGAUAUCGCUAAACGCACUGGCUGCACUGGAGUUGCCUUGGAACAAUGUCUACGUGGAGUUGCCGUAAAAGACCUACUGGAAGCAUUCCACGAUCAUCGAGAACAAACCAUCAUUAGCCGUGGAUACCCUUACGUAGCAGGAACUGGCCUUGUCGUUGGAGGUCCAUCACCGCUCUUUCCGCAACAUCCGAAAAACUAUUUGGAGAACGUCAACAAGAACAUCGCCAUCAUGGCUGGAACAACUUCGCAGGACGGUUUGUUCUUGCUGAAUGAACUCCAUAAGCUACAACCUCAACUGUUGCAGACUCUUAACACGUCGCACGCCUUGUUGCACUACGUUCGAAUACUGCACGAAAAAUUUGGACAGACCAAAUAUGACGGAUCAUUGGAGGGCUACGCUUUCAAUCAAAAUUUCCUGGUGAGCGAGACGGAUCGAUUGCCGUGGGCAGAUCUGGUGUGUAGUUUGACUGAUAUUUGCGGCAUCCACGGUAUCAAAGCUCCAGUGAUGAGUGAGGUUCAUGCCUUCUCCCACGUGAAUCCUGGCAACGUCUACUUGUAUAGUUUUGACUAUUCGAGUGAACUGAUUCAGAGGAACCUAUCCGUGCCGUUCCCACACAAGAGACCGGUUCACCAUGCCAAAGACAUCAAGUAUCUGUUCCCGUGGGAAGCUUUGGACGAACGCGAUGUGAAGAUGGCAAAAACCGUGGUUCAACUGUGGACAUCGUUUGCUAUCCGUGGAGUUCCUUCUGCGGACAAUGUUGGCUACUGGCCACCGGUCGACGGAUUGUUCGGUCCAUAUCUGAAAAUCAACAUUGAGAGUGAGCAGCGGAACAACUACCUCAAUGAGUUUUACGCUACUGCGGACAAAUAUCGAGUGUUAGGAGGAGCUGGAAGUCGACUGACAGUUUCUGUUGGAUCGAUUAUUCUAGUUCUAAUGAUUGCAUUUUCGAGGGUUUUGUAAAAUUAGCAUCUGAUUUCAUGAGUUGAAAAUUUUUGUUAUAAUAAUGUUUUAAGUAUUUAUAUUCAAUAACAACUUGUUGAACAUUCAACAUUUAAUUUUGUCAUUUUACAAUAAAAUAAAGAAAACUAUAUCGUUGCAAUAA